AUGGCCUUAGAAGAAGAGGAAGAGGUUCAAAACGCACCGUUUUGUAUGCUUUUGUGCGAGGAAGACAGUAGUGUGUUCGAGGAAGACGAGAGCGUUGUAAAGUCUCAGUCUUUUCAUCUGGGUUUUCACGAUCAUGACAUGUUAUGGGACGAAGAUGAGUUAUCGAGUCUGAUCUCGAAGGAGGAAGAGUUAAAGCCUUGUCUUUCCGACAAGACCUUAAAUGAGUUUCUGGCUUUGUGUCGUGACAACGCUCUUGGUUGGAUUUUUCGAGUGAAAGGUUAUUACGGGUUUAGUUCCUUGACGGCUCUUCUCGCUGUUAACUACUUCGAUAGGUUUAUUACAAGCAGGAAGUUUCAGACGGAUAAGCCAUGGAUGUCUCAGCUUACAGCUGUGGCUUGUUUGUCUUUAGCUGCUAAAGUUGAAGAGAUCCGUGUUCCAUUGCUCUUAGAUCUCCAAGUGGGAGAUGCAAGAUAUGUCUUUGAAGCUAAGACUAUUCAGAGGAUGGAGCUUUUGAUUCUCUCUACUCUUCAAUGGAAGAUGCAUCCUGUGACUCCAAUCUCGUUUUUAGAUCACAUUAUCCGUCGAUACAGCUCUAAGUCUCACCAGCAGUUUGAGUUCUUGAGUCGAUGUGAAUCUAUGUUGCUCUCCAUUGUUCAUGAUCCUAGGUUUAUAAGUUACAGCCCUUCUGUGUUAGCCACUGCAAUAAUGGUCUCUUUUGUUAGAGAUUUCAAGAUGUGUGACGAAGCUGAAUACGAAUCUCAGCUCAUGACUCUACUAAAAGUCGAUCCGGAGAAAGUAAAUAAAUGCUAUGAGUUAGUGUUAGAUCACAAUCCAAGCAAGAAGAGAAUGCAACCCGCUAACCGAAGGGGUAUGUUUGAUGCAUCAAUCAGCUCUAAUGGCUCCAACGAGUCAUGGGUUGUGUCUGCUUCUGCUUUAGUCUCUGCAUCACCGUCGUCUCCAGAGCCUCUAUUCAAGAGGAGAAGAGUGCAUGACCAGCAGAUGAGUUGUCUCGUGGUUGAAUGAUGAUCUAAUAACGUAACUGACAUAGAGAGGUUUGAGGAAAUUUGUACACUGAAUUGAAGAAACAACUGACGAGUUGGUUGGACAACUAAUAGUUUUGAGAAUCAAAUAAGACUCUUGUCUUCUUAAGCAUUGUUUGGCUUUUCCAAAUCAUGUAUUUAUUUGUUUAUGUUUUGUUCCCAUUUUUAGAGGUGUUUUUAUAGUUGAAAUGAUAUGAAGUGAGACCAAACAAUUGGGUUGAUA